UAUUACGCAGUUGCCCUCGAGUAGAGAACUUGUUAGCAGAGAAUGUGGGAAGAGGAACGACACUUCUUUCCGAAGAGUUCUUUAUAAUAAUAAUAUAAUUACUUCAGUUUAAAGCGUGCUUUGAUGGACGAAUCUGAUCAGCCCUUUGCAUAUCAAACUGAAGAACCCAUCGCUGAUAUGCUGAACUCAGAACCCAUGGGGAUUUGCAGCAAUCCUGCCUCAGAAGAUUCGAGCGAUGGCUGCCAACCCGACACUCCUACCGUGGCCAGAGAUCCCACCCCUGCCCAGAGCCCGGGCUAUGAAACAGGCACAGCUCUGCCGGACGGAGGGCAAGACCCGAUGGAGCAGUCUGAACAGGACCGGGAGGGCCAGUCGGUUCUGGAUGGUUUGGAUCAGUCUGAGCCAGCCCAGCAGCUGGAGUUACCUGGACAGGACAGCCCCAGCAACAUGGAGCUGGAGGACACGUCCAAGGACGGCGUGGAGGCGGAGACGGAGACGGAAGCUUCCGAUCAGGAGCCGUCUUUCCCUGCUGAGUUUGACCGGUACAUGAAAGUGGUGGAGGAAAGCCCCGAAGAGUUUAACGGGUGGACUUACCUGCUGCAGUAUGUGGAACAAGAGAAUCACAUUGUGGCAGCCCGCACAGCCUUUGACUCCUUUUUUGCGCGGUAUCCCUAUUGCUACGGCUACUGGAAGAAGUACGCAGACAUGGAGAGGAGGCUUGGGGAGGUGAAGUUGGCGGAGGAGGUCUUUCGCCGAGGCCUGCAGGCCAUCCCGCUAAGCACGGACCUGUGGCUGCACUACAUCACCUUCCUAAAGGAGACAGCCGACCCCAGCGACACUGACACAGAGACCACUGUGCGAAACACGUAUGAGAGUGCAGUGAUGGCAGUAGGCACAGACUUCCGCUCUGACCGUCUCUGGGAGGCCUACAUUAACUGGGAGACGGAGCUGGGCAACUUGGCUAAUGCCACUGCCAUCUACGACCGUGUCCUUGCCAUCCCCACCCAACUCUACAGCCAUCAUUUCCAGAGGUUCAGAGAACACGUGCAAAACAACCUGCCAAAGCACUUCCUGUCACUGGAGGAGUUCGUCCAGCUUCGGAAGGAGUUGGCAGCAGCCAACGGACACGGCACUGAAGAAGCUCCAGAGAACACGGAGCAGGAGGACCUUCCACCUGGCACAGAGGACCUUGCCGACCCUGCUAAGCUUGUAACUGAGAUCGAAAACAUGCGCCACAGAGUGACGGAGUCUCGCCAGGAGGUGUACAAUCUCAACGAGCACGAGGUCAGCAAGCGCUGGACCUUUGAAGAAGGGAUUAAGCGGCCGUACUUCCACGUCAAGCCCCUGGAGAAAAGCCAGCUGAGCAACUGGAAGGAGUACCUGGACUUCGAGGUGGAGAACGGGUCCCUGGAGCGCGUGGUGGUGCUGUUCGAGCGAUGCCUGGUGGCCUGCGCCCUCUACGAGGACCUGUGGAUCAAGUAUGCGAAGUACAUGGAGAACCACAGCACUGACGCCGUGCAGCAUGUUUACAAGCGAGCGUGUACCACGCACCUUCCCAAGAAACCCACCAUUCACUUGCUGUGGGCUGCAUUCGAGGAGCAGCAGGGUAACGUAGACGAGGCCCGUGGGAUCCUGCGGAACCUGGAGGAGUCGGUGCCCGGCCUGGCCAUGGUGCGGUUGCGGAGGGUCAAUUUGGAGCGUCGGCACGGCAACCUGGAGGAAUCGGCCUCCCUGCUGCAGGACGCCAUCACGAACGGGAAGAACGUCAGCGAGUCGUCAUUCUACUCCAUCAAACUGGCACGGCACCUCUUUAAGGUGCAGAAGAGCUUGCAGAAGGCCCGGAAAGUGCUGCUGGAGGCCAUCGAGAAGGACAAGACGAGCCCCAAGCUGUACCUGAACCUGCUGGAGCUGGAGUACAGCGGCGACGUGAAGCAGAACGAGGAGCAGAUCCUGUCUUGCUUCGAUAGGGCCCUGAGCAGCCCACUGCCCCUGGAAUCACGCCUCACCUUCUCGCAGCGCAAGGUGGAGUUCCUCGAGGACUUCGGCAGCGAUAUCAACAUGCUUGUGACUUCAUACGACGAGCACCAGAAGCUCCUGAAAGAGCACGAAUCGACAAAAAGAAAAGCAGAAAAUGGCUCACAGGAACCUGAUCCAAAGAAACAGCGCACAGAUGACCACACGAUGGCUACAGGACCCAUGAUGCCCGACAUGCAGACCAACCACUCUGGCUACAAUUACAAUUGGUACCAGCAAUACAACUACCAGAACCCAUGGGGCUAUGGACAUUACUACCCCCCUCCUCCAACAUGAUGGAAGUCUGCACAAGAAGAAUAUCUGCUUAAAAACCAUCCUUUGUACCCUGGCCACCAAACAGCACCUUGUCAUCCUGUUGAUUGAUCUCCACAGCCUCCCCCCCCUUUUUAUACCAAGAGCUUCACAAAUGCAGUGGAAAUUUGUCUAUUACAUUUCUGGGGUUUUCUCUUCAAAAAUGCAGGGAAGAAUGUGUUUGUCACUUAAUUUGUUAAUUGUGGGGACUAGUAAAAAGCUUUGUGAAUUUAAAAAGCUGCAUCCCUUCUGUUUUAUUUGAUGUGCACCUCUUUUAAAAUGAUUAAAAUCUUUUCAAGUGAAGUUUGCUUUUUAAGAGAAAGGUGGAAAUUAAAUGACCUCAUGAUGUCAUGUAUUUCAUAAUAAAGGAUUAAUGUAAUUUAA